GUAGACGGAUUGCAGAAGAGAAACAUGUGGAACACUUCAAACCUCUAGCUGAGCCACUAGUCAACCUAGUUGAAACCUUCCAACAGAUGCCAGUUCAACAACCACAACUACCUCCAUCAAGAGCAUCCAAGAAGCAUCCCAGGUAUCUGAAGCCUAGAAUAAAAAUGCGCUCCAGGCAUGUGAAGGGUAGGCAGAGAUAAUCCAAGCCAGAGUUGUUAUCAUCAGAACAUCGUCCUUUCUCAGCAGCAUCAACACACCACACAUAUCCUACUCCACCAACAACACCAUUUGUUAAAGAUGCCACAUAUACAAGGCGUGGACUUACUGGUGCAAGUAAAACAAAACAUAAGCUCCAACUCUCCAGCAUUGAUGAAGAGUCACCAACAUUUGAAUCAUAUGGAACUAGAGAAAUUUCAAGUCCAAUGGCAGGCACCUCAAGAGUUGGACGACAACUAUGGAAAGCAGGAAAGCAUGCAUUUGAAGGGGAUGAGGGUGAGGAGUAUAAUAUGAGUAGAGGAUAUGAUGAUAGCAGUGAUGAGGGGCUGUCUGGAGAUGGACAGGAUGAUGAUAAGAAUGUUGAACAAUUAUUGAAUGAAAGUCAUGAUACAACAGUUCAGAAUAUCCUUGAUCAAACUGAUCUAGCUGGAAAACAGGUAGCUGAUUACAUUAGAGGAUCAUUGAGCAAGGACAAUGACGAUUUUGAUGACACUUUUGGGCCAAGAGUGAGAGACAAUGUUUACUACCUGGGCAAUAAGUAUUCAACUUUUGGAGAGAAUGGUGAUGAAAUUGUGCUGACUGACCCUGUAGAUCAGGAAGAAAAGACCUUCACAGCUACAUUGGGACUUUGUAAGUUAAUUUUUAAGAAGAAUCCAAAUCGUGCAUUAGUUGAAUCUGCUGACAGACAGGCUUAUGGAGAAAUAUUGAACUGGACCAGUGUGCACAGACAGAACAAUGAUCCAAGAGGUGAGAUUGUUAACUACAACAAAGCCAAGUAUAAGAAUACAAUCAAACGCCUUUUGGAUGAUAACAGAGAUGGUGGUCAAAGACAUUCUGAGAGACAAGUGACUGGGAGAGGAUCUAUUGCCCCAAGGCGUGAUUUUAGUAAGGAGAAAAGUCAGAAGAUCUAUAGAGGAAGAGGUGUUCUGUCAGCUAUCAAGGGAGCUGCUGGUACAAUAGUUAAUAAGGCAAUCGACAUUCUACCAGUUGAACUUCAUAUCCCUGGCUAUCAAUACUGUGGACCAGGAACAAAACUUCAGAAGCGAUUAGCACAAGGUGAUCCAGGAAUCAACAAACUUGAUCAGGCUUGCAAGGAGCAUGAUAUUGCCUAUUCCAAGAGUGGUGAUACAGCAAGCAGAGCAGUAGCAGACAGCAUCUUGGCAGAGAGAGCCUGGGACAGAGUGAGAUCUGAUGAUGCAGGGGUGUUAGAAAAAGCUGCAGCACUAGCAGUCACCAACAUUAUGAAGGCUAAGGCAAAAUUUGGGGGAGGUAUGAAAAGAUCACUGAAGGAAGUCAGCAGGGAGGUUGAGAAGGGGAAGAAACAAAAGAUUCAACCAUCAAAGAAAAAAUCAAUUAUUAUUAUUAUUAUCAUUAUUAUCAUUAUUAUUAUUAAUCAUCCACUGACCACCUAUAGAAGGGGUAUUCGGAUUUGUCAAUCAAUAUUAUUCAGAAGAAUAAAAAAAAAAAAAAAAAAAUCAUUUAACUUACAUAAAACAUUACAAACUAAUUAUUUUGUACCUCAUAAUAGGUAAGGAAUUCUUCAAUUGAAUAUGCACAUAUAUUCAGUAAUUCAUUUUUCAUCAAGGCCCUGAAUUUAUGGCCUGUCGUUGCUUUAAGGCUGGCAGGUAAUUUGUUAUAGAGUCGAAUCCCAGCACUUUUAACUCCUCUCUCAUAUAAAGUUGUUCUGUGGGUAUCAUCUCUUAAAUCUUCACGAUGUCUAGUUCCGUAACUGUGGAAACGUGCACCAGUUUUAAAUUUGUCCUUAUUUUGAUCAAUAAAACAUAAAGCCUCUAGAAUAUACAAACUGGGAAGAGGGAGAAUUCUCAUCUGUUUGAAGUGUGGUCUACAGCUUGAUCGUAUUGUCUCUCCAACCAUCACUCUUAUUGCCCACUUCUGGAUUCGAAAGAUGUCUAUUACUUGAGUUGAGUUUCCCCAGAAAAUGAUUCCGUAGGCCAGAAGAGAAUGAAACAUUGCAAAAUAGACAUCUUUGAGGGUUCUAUUGUCUAAUAAUAAUUUCAA